CGUGAUCCCUUUGACCAUCUUGUUUUGGCGGGAAUGAAUAGACCAUUGAUAGGACGUCGACCUUAUGGAUGGUUGGGCGUGGGUAUCGUCUGGUUAGACAUUUUUUUCAUGUUCAAUUUUAUUUAAACUAUUGAGAGAUACCACAAUAACGAGAGUUAUUUAUAACACGUUAUGGAAAUCUUCAAAGAGGUAAGGGAAACUAAAUGAAUAAUAGGCUAUAGUUAUAGGCAGGAAUAAUGUCUUGACUCAUACUUGACUUAAGACGAUAAUAACAAUAAUAAGUAUAAGACUUAAGUUAUGAUUAUGAGACUUUAGUUUAUUUAGACAAUUAAUUAAGGCUUGCAACUGCCAACAGCCCAUCCAAUAUAUAAUUGUAUUUGUAUCAUGUUGAAUUAUUUAUGCCCCAUUUUAGCCUACUGGCUUUGGUUUUUACGGGAUUAUCAUCUAUAUAAUAGUUAGCAUCUAUUUAUUUACUAGCCACUUCUACAAGGCCUAUGCCUAUGCUUAUACUUAACUAUACUAUUAUAGAAUAUACUGUACUGUACUAUUUAUGAAUACUACUAUAGAAUAUAUUCUAUUAUAUUCUAUAGUAUAGUUAGCCUUUGAAUAAUAGCCAGGCCCAGUAUUCAGCAUAUAGAAUAUAGUAUAAUAUAUAGAAAUAGUAUAGUACUGUAUGUAUAUUAUAUUUAACAGAUUCACUCCAUUAAUAUGCAUUUCCCAUUUAAAUAAACUAUGUUCCCUAUUUUGUACAAUAUUUACACCUGCCCCCAAAGUUGUCAGUCACACUUUUUGGAAUUAAUUUUUCAACUUUAUUUAUCAACUAAUCAAAAUUUUAACUAAAACACUUAACUAUUAAUUAGCUUUGUUUAAUUUAUAGAAUUUUAACUUCAAAUAAAUUAUUAAUAAAAAUUAUAAGUAUAAAUGACUUUAGUUGACUAGUUGAGUAUUUGUCACAGUUGUUACUAAUUGAAGGUAGGCCUUACUCAAUCUAGAUUGAAUUUGAAAACAAAAACUACAAAAAUUGAACUAAUAAUAAUAAAGUUUAUUUUAAAAUCACGCUUCAUCCCCAAAGGCAGGCUCGAAGCAUGGUACAAAGUCAACCAUAUUAUUAAAAGAGAAAUGAAAAACAAUCUAUAUUUUACCAAAUUGAAGUACAAAACGCACCAAUACAAAAAUUACAUACGAACAUUACCCAUUCAAAGUCUUGAAUCCCUUGCAACCAUAAACAACAAAAGCCAAUAUACAUCUAGGAGACAAUACUCAAUAGCUAGCUGGAAAAGAUGGUAGACAACAUCACCCUAGCAGGUGCUUGCGAAAUAGAUGUGUUUUCAAAUCGAUUUUGAAGGUCUCCAGUGUCUGGCUGUUUCUGAGAGCGACAGUAAGGGCAUUCCAAAUUGUUGGGCCAGCAAAUGCAAAGUGCGCCUUCCGUAAGUCUCAAGCUGAACACGCUGUAUUGAGAGUUUGCCACUAUCGGAUGAGUGGAGUUGUCUAGAGAGUACAUGAGGCGCCAUGAGCGCUUUGAGAUAGGGCGGCGCCAAGUCAUGCAAGCAUCGGUGGCAUAGAGUUGCAAUUUUGUACUCUAUGCGAGUGCGGACCGGCAGCAAAUGCAGUUCUCUCAGAAGUGUUUUAGCAUGGUCCAGUUUGGGAAGAACAAUGAGAGCCACAUUAGUCUGUGCUUUUUUAAUUUUAUCCAGGAGCGUAGGUAGAAGACUCACCAUGAAAGCAUUGCAGUACCGUAGUCCAUACAUGAUAGCACCAAUGCAGACAUCAGCCUCUUUGAUGCAUCAAACGUUAAGAAAGGUCUGAUAUGACUAACGAAGUGGCUAUUCGUACCCGGGUAUCAGAAGUGAGAGGUUGGGAUUAAAAAAAAACUAUUUAAAAAUUUAUUGCUGAGUUUGUAAGAUAAAAUGGGGUAACAAAUCAAAGAUAAUUGAAUGAACUAAAUGUUUGUAAACUUAAUUCUUCAGUUUAACUAAAAUAAACUACCACAAAUGACAUCCAAAUAGCACUGAGUCAAAAUGGACCCAGUCACGCAGCGCCGCCAAUCGCACCCGGGUACCAAACAAAACAAGCCAACUAAAACUAGAACUGUAGUCAUCAAAGAGUGGCAUUUGACAAGUUCUUGUCUAUUGAAUGUUGAUGACUUCCGGCUGACAUGUAUUUAUUUUUUUUGGUGGGGCUGAUUUUUUUUUAAAAAUCAUUUAUUAAUGAAUUAGUUUUUAAACUCUCUGUGUAUUAAGUUAGCACAUACAAAUUGUCAGAUGUAGAAUGCUAUCCACUAAAAAGACCUAAAUUAACUAAUUAUGAUGAUCCUUUAGGCAUAUCUCAUCACAUUGCUUUUGGAAAGUCUUAGGGAACAAACACUUUGAGCAAAAACAAAUUGGAAAUAAUAAAAGUUUGUAAGGAAAUUAGUCAUACAGAAACUUAAAGCAUACUUGAGUCCCAUUGUUUUCUACCAUCUUGGUGAAAAAUAUGGCCCCAUGAAAGUGUUGUGGUACAUAUAUCCAUUUUGUUUCCUAUAAUUUUGGACAUAAAAUGGAGAGCACUUGAAAUAGUUUGGUUCAAAGACAGGUUUAAUGAUUGUAAAAGAUAAUUUGUAUUUAUUACAUUUUAAAUAUUUUUCCAGCCUCUAGGAGAUGACAUCAGCCGUUAUGAAGAGCUGCGCCAAAGGAAUCUUGAAGACAAUAAAGUGGUGGUAAUUAUUGUAUUAAAAAAAAAAAAUUAAAAGUACAUGGUAGCAUUAUUUGAUUAUCAUCAGGCUGAAAUGUUGGGUUUGGCAGUGACCUUUCAAUACCGGUACCUUGUUUUGAACAGAUUAAAUCAAAUAAAAAGCUAACGUCAUGGUUUAUUUUCACAAAAUGGCAUUUGAAUUACAAACAUAAGCAAAAGCUUUAGGAUAAUUAUAUUAAGUACUGACAUAAUUUCAUUUAUUUGUUUUACAGCUGGCCAAGUUGAUGUCAGGUGUUUCUGAACAUCUUUCUGUUAAACCCAUUAUUCCUCAAAAGGUAAGACUUAACAUGUUUUGUUUUUAGGCUAUCACUUAAUGAUUUAAUGAUUUUUUUCCCUAUAUUUUCCUUGUUAUUAAAAAGAAAUUCAUAUAUUCAAUCAAAAUAUUGAUCAUGAAAAAGCUUAAAGCACAUUGGUAUGUUCAAGUGACCAUUUGUCAGAGUAGAAUCUUAAAACAUCACAAGGGUCAUUGACUGCAAAAUAGUAUCAAAAGUUGGAAUAUGUACGUACUUAUCUUUACUGUUGUAAACCUUUUGCUGAUCUUGCCUCUAUGCAUGUAGCCAACCGCCUAUAAAUUUACUGACAGGUAAAGAUUUGACCUACAAUGACUUGUCCUUAAGAACUUACUUGCUGUAAAUUAUGAGGUAUUGUGCAGCAUUUUUAAACUAAACGGAGAAUCUCAGCAUUUGGGGAUUUCUUCUCGGUUGCUUUAAACUUAAUUGAUCAUGAGAAGGAGAAAUCAAAACUGGUGAGAAUGCCAUUCAUAAAACUAACGUUUUAAAUUAGGUCUCAUCUUCUUAUGCCAUUUUGUCCUUUUCAAAAUCAAAACCAGGACAUUUAAAUAUUUUCAAAUUUAAAACCAGGUCAAUUAAAAUCCUCUUGGGUGUCCAAAAAUAAACUAUUCUUUUUCAUUACAGUGAGAGCUCUUCUGUCAGCAAGCCAUUCUUUUUUUAUUUAUUGUAAUACAAAAUUUUUAUUAAUUAUAUUUCUUUUAGCUAUGUCAUUUAUUUAUGUCAUGAUAAAUUUACUCUUAACUUUUGAUAAAUUAAAAAUUUUGUUGACUUAAACUACUGGUUUUAGCUCAAGACAAACCAGGACAAAGGUCCAAAAUCCAGUAUUGAUCUGGUGAAAACUGUAAAAAUGGUCACAUUACAUCAGAGGUUUUCAAAUAUUUUUGAGUCAAGGUGCUUGCUCCAUCCAUAUUUUUAAGACGCCCUGUGUCAAAAUCUACCAAGUGCACUGAAAAAUAGCUAAUAUUGUAGCGUAAAAUUUUACGCUCAAUUUUAGUAAAAGCCAAUUCAUUGUGAGGAAGCCGCAGUGUACAUUUUGGAACAUUUGAUUAACGUGAUUGUCAUUGCACCUUUAUAAAGAUCUAUACAAUAUUACCUGGCAUAAUAUUUUGGUCCCUUUGUUUGGCUUAAGACCAACUUGGAGUUUUAUCUUAAUAGGACAUACACAAGCAGAAUUGCUUCUGAUUUGGCUAACUCUUUAUGCCUUGUUCAUCCAGUGAGGGCUAAAUAAUAUUUUCGCAGAAAAGAAGGUCCUCCAAACUUACUGUCGAAGAUGGGGUUAUACGUCGCAAUCCUUCUAGGACAGCACGAUUUGCUUCAUCACGUUUUGACAUACCUCGUAGAAGAUCACGAAGUGGUUCUGUAUCCUCAUCAUCAUCUACUUCUACUCCAUUGUCAACACCAGAGGUAUGUCUUUGAACUCUGUGAUAGCAGAUCUUUAAAUGCUUGAACUAGUGAAUUUUAGUAUUAUUAUUUUAAAAUACUAUGUUGCUACCAGUAUCCUUUUUUUUUUUUUUUUUUUUUUUUUUUUUUUUUUUUUCUUUUUUUUUUUUUUUUUUUUUUUUUUUUUUUUUUUUUUUUUUCAAACUUCCUAACUUAAUUAAGAAAAUGUAUUUUUCCAUUUCGCUUUUCAAAAAUAAAAACUAGAAACUUGUUGUGAAAUUUGGGUUCUUCCGCAAAAUGUCAGAAACAUCAUCCUUAGGACCAAAUGCAGAAGAUGAAGAAGAUGUAAGUACUUUUACACCAACAUAUUUUACACCUAUUUUUAAAUAUGUUAAAUUCAAGUUGCUUGAAUACAUUAAAUUUACAGACUAAUUUACUGUAUGAAAGGGAGGAUCGAUACCCAUUUUGAAAUAAUUUUGUUUAUAAUUUUAAUUAAAAUUAUGGAUUAGAAUGAAUCAACUAUUUGAGCAUGCCCACUGUAGAUUAAUACAAUAAUAAUCAGUUUGUCCUCUGUUAGGAUGAUGGUAUGUAUGAACCAGGUGAAGACUUCCCUCUACCGCAGCAGACUCGGAAAUCACGAACAAGGCAUGAAGUCAUUCGACCAGAAGAUAUCACCCAAGCUGACCUUGACAUGGUGUCGGUUGUUGUGUCUGACAAACGUUAUGAUAGUAUUUUGGUAUGUAGCAAUGCAGAUUUUUUUCUCAUACUUAGACUAGUGAACAAUAAGUUAUCAUAUGCUGUAAAAAUAACAAUAAAAAGUCGUAAAUAAUUUUUAAAUCAAUAUUUAUCUGCUCAAUUUACAGGGAACCUCAUGUCACCAGUGUCGCCAGAAAACAAAUGAUAUGAAAACUAUAUGUAGGUCACCUGACUGUGUUGGUAUCAGAGGCCAGGUAAUUUGUGAAUAGUUACAAAUGGUUCACUGAUGUGAGUUACAAAUCAUUGAAUGAAAGUUUAUUGUAAAACUUAAACAUAUCCCGAACUAAAACUUUCAUUAAGUCAUAUUUACACAAACUAUUUAGGCAACUUAUAAAUAAUUUUGUUUGGAUUUAAAAAUGUACAAGCUUUUUGUAUAUCCACUUCAGUUAAAAUUGUUCUUAAAUUUCAGUUUUGUGGUCCAUGUCUCAGAAACAGAUAUGGUGAGGAUGCAAAGGUUGCAUUAAAGGAUUCAGUAAGUUUCUUGCCUCAAAAUAUUUUUCAUGUUUUCUGGGAACAUUAUUUUACCGGUAUUUAAAAUUAAGAUGAAAGCUACUUUGAUUCUUGGGAUGGUAAAAGUCAUAUAGUGGAACCAUUUCUGUCAAUUUACUAACCCAUGGCUCUACUGUAGAAACCUUUUUUUUUCUUAAAUGACGUUCUGUGUGUUGAAUGUUACAUUCAUCUUCCUUAUCACUGGUACAGUUGUCCAGACCUGUUUACUCUUACGAUUUUGGCGUACAUAUAUAUAUUAUAUAUGCUGUAUAUUUAUUUUUUACUAUUAAGAUAGUGCAUUGAACGAUUUUGUGAUAUUGUACGAUUUUUAGAGUUUGAGUGUAAACAGGUCUGGUUGUCUAACUUCACUACAACAUAGCCACACUUGAUCCAGACUUAAAGUGGAACAAUGUUCAAUGACAAAAGUACAACAGUUCUUUGUUUACAGCAACUGACAGUUCACAAAACUUCCUCUAUAAAACUGCUCUUAACAGACUCCUUAAUCCAAGACGACUCUGAUCCCACUGACUAACGAGGGGUUGCACCUUCUCUCACUACGAUAACUCAACAUACUGCUAAAAACUGAACAACACUAACUGACCUUGCAUAACCCAACCAGUCACGACUUGCCCUCACAAAGCCUCUCACUGUCUCACAAUCAACCACUUUCAUACACAAACGAUCACGCUAAACAAUCCAUUUCUGUCACAUUUACCAAAAACGCAUGGCACUACCUACUUGAACAGCUCCGUUGAAUCUAAUGUACAACUUCAAGCAUAAAGAGAGGCUGAAAUAAAAAGGGAAAAAUAUUCAGCCUACAUGUUUUAAGGACAUGUCUACAUUCUAUUUAACUUCUCUUACUCUUAUUUUAAAAAUUCAAAGUUCUUUAAAUAUUUUUUCUUACACAAUUUAAAAAUAGUAUUAUACAUAAUUUUUUAUAUUAAAAGGAUCAUUUUUUUUCCCCAACCACCCAGGAUUGGAUAUGUCCACCAUGCAGAGGCAUUUGCAAUUGCAGUUUUUGUCGUAAAAAGAAAGGCAGAGCUUCUACUGGAAUCCUUAUUCAUGUUGCAAGGGAGAAUGGAUAUAGUGAUGUUAAUUCUUACCUCAACGGGUGUGCACAUUAAUGAAUUUGCCUAUCUUUUAGAUUAUUUAAAAUGGCAAAGAAAUUGGCAUAAAAUAUUUUAUGUUUUAUUUAGUAUUAAGCAUUUUUUUCAUUUGCCCAUUCCUGUAGUUUCCAUUUUAAUCACACCAAUAUUUUUUUUCUAGGUUACAAUAGUUUUCUAAUCUUUCCUAGGCGCAUCAGUAUUUAUUAUUUCUGUUUAAGAUUUUCAUGUUAAUGGACUCUAGAAGCAAUAAUUAUUAUUACCUUGAGUUAAAUAUGUGUUUAAAUAAUUGUAAUAUAACUUAAAAUUUAUUACGUUUUAUUUAUUUAUUUUUUUCCUUUUAACUAUUGAAUUUCAGGUUGAAGAAAGAAAGUUAACACCAACCCAAAGCACUAGAGAGUUUAUGUAUUUACAGUAUUCUGGGUUGGCAACAAUUGUUUGCUAUGCUGAGAGUGAUUUUGCUUUUGCAUUGUUUAUUAUGUAAAAUAUUUGUAUUUUUAGAAAUGCUGUUCUAUUUCAUUCUUCCAUUUCAUCUUAACAUUAUCUAUCUACAUUUAAAGAUUAUACACCUCACUGUCUGGUUUUAAGAUGUAUAGUUCAUCUCCAAAAUGUGUUGUUAUACAUAGCAAGUGUUGAAUUAAACUUUUAUUUUUAUGCCAAGUAAAU